GGGGGCGGGGCCAGCGCGGGGACUUCCCCUGGGCUGAGCUGCGCAGCGGGGUUUUGGCCAAAUUGGGCGAGGGCACAAAAUAACCACUUACCCCUUCUCACCGAGGAAGAACGGGAGAAAGGGUAUGGCACAGUCAAAAGGCUGGGUGAGAAGAUACUUCAAGGCUUUCUGUAAAGGCUUUUUUGUAGCGGUGCCCGUGGCCGUGACUUUCCUGGAUCGGGUGGCCUGUGUGGCCAGAGUGGAGGGAGCGUCAAUGCAGCCUUCUUUGAAUCCUGGGGGGAGCCAAUCAUCUGAUGUAGUGCUUUUGAACCACUGGAAAGUGAGGAAUUUUGAAGUACAACGUGGUGACAUUGUGUCAUUGGUGUUGUGAUACUUGUUCCAGACUUUUGUCUUUGCAAGACUGUGAUGUGAUCCCAGAGGACCAGUGUCACUUCCUCAACUGAGGCCACGCAGCAGAGAAUGCUUGAGGUAUCUUUAUAUCUAUGAAUAUCGUGAUAUUUUCCCCUUGAAAGUAAGUUUUACCUUAAUGUUUUUUUUUUCCCAAAGUCCUAUUGAAAUAAUUACUUUCAUUAUGUUCUAGUUACUGUAAUUUUUUUGAUAAGGAUGGAGGCACUGCUUAUUCACAUUUGCAGAUUGCUGUUCAUCCUUUUGUUUCUCUUUCUUUUUAAUAUGGUCCCUGGCUGGGAAAUAAAAUCCUACGUGUAAACAGGACAUAUGCGAAUUUUCUUGCAUGGUAGCUGCAGGAGUCUUCAAAAAAAAAACAAAACAACAACAACCAAUAUUUAAUUCACAUAUGAGAUUCCUCUUUAGAGUACAUGCUGCCUAUGAUUAGAGACUACAUAAAUUAUUACCUUAUAAAUAAGUUUAAUACUUUAUUUUCCAGGAUACCUUCUUGCUUUUCGUCUUUUUAAAGUAGAGAAGCAUACAUUUGUUUUUCCUCUGACUCAGCUACUUUUAAAGAAUAUUCUGGCAAAACCCCACUGGUAAAGAGAUUGUAUUUGCUCCUGAAAAUGUCCAACUCUUGUUUAAUUUUCUAGUGCCUGCUUAAUUAGUGUUGCAUUUGGAAGAUUAUGUAUUCGAUAUAGAGCUCCGCAGAACAUCUACUACCUAGUAGGCAUUCAGUGAUUGUUAAUGAAUAGGAUUAACAGUUGUUUGGAUAUCACUGCUAUGUACCAGCACUGAGGACAAUCCUGUCUUCAUGUAGCUUUCAGUUUUGUGUUGAGUUAUAUAAAUACUAAGAAUGAUUUGAGAUUUGUUAUCAUAAUAUCUCAAUUAUUGGAUGUUAUGAAAACUCUAAAAUUUGCUGAAUCCUCGUGUUUGUAUGUGUGUUUGCAUGUGUAUGUGUGUAUAAUGGUAUGCUAACCUUUGCCCUCUGUCUUUGUCUCUCUUCUUUCUCAUGACUCAGUCUUAUCAUAUACACCUGUCAUUUAUAGUUCUGAUAGUUCAGGACAAAGAGUGAAGUCUGUAAGUUGUUUCUUGAAUCAAUUAUGGUCCAAAUAGUUUUGCCUUUGGACUGUACUUUUCCUCCUUUAUGACCCGUAGUGAACAGAAUUUGUUUGCUCAUGGCUGACUCUCAUCAUUGAUCAGUUUAUAGCCCCUCUUUUAGUUUAGUUUAUUACUUAUUUUCCUCCUGUUUCCAUUCCUCUCUCUUCAUUAAGUAUUGAUUUAAUGGAUAUCCCUACAAUUUGCUCUCCAUCAGCUUAUUGAGAUAUAUGUGUAUCCUUCAAAAAGGAUUAUUCGGUUUUAUUUUUUGUAUUGUUUAACCUCAUAUAGCAUUUUUCGCAUCCCAGAUACGGUUUUAAGCUUUGGUCAACAUUAAUUCAUUUAAUCCUCACAGCAACCCUGUGAGGUAGGUACUGUUAUCCCUGUUGGCACAAAAAGGUUGAAUAAUUUACUUAAUGGUACAUAACUCAUAGGUGUGGAGCCUGGAUUUCAACAUGGACCCUUUAGCUCUAGAGUCUACACCUUUAACUAUGAUUAGCUGCCUCUCCAUGAAUACCAAGUAUUGUGCUAUAAAUCCUAUUUGGUUCUUUCCCUUUUGUUCAUGUUGCCACGUGUACAUCAAGUUCAUGACCUCUAAUUGCUACCUGAUACUCUGUUGUGAUACCACAUUUUACAAACAUCAACUUUACUGAGGUAUAAUAUACACACAAUAAAAUAAACUUGUGUUAAAUAUAUAAUUUCCUGGGUUUUGGCAAAGGUAUCCAUACCUGUAACUAACAACACAAUCAAUAUAUAGAACAUUUCCUUCCCCUUGAGAUACACGUUGGAGUCCCGUGCCACCUCAGUCCUACCCCCGGCCCAAGAAACCAUUGAUCUUUCUGUCACAAUGGGUUAGGGAGUUUUUUUGUUUGUUUGUUUUUGUUUUUUUUUACUAGAUUUUGCGUAAGUGGAAUCAAAUAGUAUGUGCUCUUUAAGCUGGCUUCUUUUGCUCAGCGUGUUUUUGAGAUACAUUUAUGCUAUUGCUUGAAUUAGUAGUUCAUUUGUCUUUAUUACUGUGCAAUUUUCCAUUGAAUGGAUGUACCACAAUUUGUUUAUCCAUUCAUCUGUUGAUGGACAUUUGGAUUGUUUCUAGUUUUUGGCUAUGGUGAAUAAAGCUGGAAAGAAUAUUUGUACACAAGGCUUUAUAUGUUUUCUUUUUUUGGGGGAAAAUGCCUAGGAAUGGACUUUCUGGGUCUUAUGAUAAAUGUAUGUUUAACUGAUAAAAAAAACUUACAAAACGUU